AGCGGACUGAGUAGAACUUUUACUUUGAUCCUGAGUCAUAUUAAAAUUAAACUUUAUAUUUAAACCUCACAGUAUGUAAAUAACUAUUAUUUAUUAAAUUAAUCUCACUACUGCACAAACGUGUUAUUGUUCUCAGAAUGAGUGUUGAAGGCUUGUCCUCUUGUCUGAUGACAUCAUCGUCUAUGGGUUGCCACACCCUUCCUGUAGAACACCUAGAUUACAAGUACAUCCAGCAGUGCAGUGAUGUUAAAUACCUGGAGAAAAUCCUCCGUGUACUCAGGUUGGGUAUAGAGGGGGUGUACCCACACCUGACUGAAUUCUGUGAGAAAAGGAUUGAAUUACUGGACCCAAAACAUCGAGCUUUGAGAAAGGAAUCAUCUCCGGCCACACCCUCGUCAUUCUCUACUGAGGAGUGGAACCUCAUCACUGAGGAUCUGCAGGCGUGGCAGAGAGAGAUCAGCACCAACGAUCAGCAUCUCACCCACUCACCCAAAUUUUACACUGAUACUCUUCCACCUGUACUCAACCGCCCACUGCAGAAACCAUUAAACCCUGCAGCUACAACAGACACACCCAAUAAACCACCUGCUGUUCCUCGAACCUACAGUGACUGGGACCGGUUUGAUGUUGAUGCUGAAUGUGCCAAAAUCGACGAGUGUGUGAGCUGUGAUCCUACAGUAAUCAGUAACACUCUCCCAAAUAUCACCCUCGACAUCAACACCUCCGGUCUGAUGCAGCAAGAGCGUUUAGUUUUAUCCACACGUGAGAGAGAAAAAGGGAACGAGGCAUAUAGAGUGGGGGAUUGGGACGAGGCCCUAUUGUACUAUACCAGGAGUGUGUGUAUUUUACCCAACGCAGCAGCGUACAAUAAUCGAGCUCAGGUGGAGAUUAAACUUCAGCGCUGGAACCACGCCCUCAUCGACUGUAACAACGUCCUCAAGCUCCACCCACUCAACUACAAAGCCUUGCUGCGACGUGCCACAGUACAUACACACCUGGGGAACCAGUAUGAGGCACAUGAUGAUAUCACAACCGUUCUACAGUGUGAACCUCACAAUCUCACUGCACAGAAACUCUUGCAGGAGGUAAACAAGAAAAUAAACACAGAGGUGCAGCUAUCAAACCAGCCAAUCAGGGGCAAGAAGCUUCUGAUCCAGGAAAUAGAGGAUGAUAAAGAGAGAGAUGAAGAUGAAGAGCAGAGAGAAAAACUAAGUGUGACCCACCAAUCCCAGGAUAAGAAGAAAGAAAACACCAAAACAAGUAAAUAUCCUACCAAUUACAUUUACACUCAACAUCACAGUACUGAGACUGAACCCACACCAGAAACCCCGCCCACCACCGAGAUCCCGCCUUCUUCUGACAACUCACCCACUGUACACACUCUGUCUGAGACUCCACCCACAACCGAGACUCCACCCACAACCGAGACUCCACCCACAACUAAGACUCCGCCCACCAAUUAUUCAACCCAAACACGCAGGAGCAUUAAAAUUAUUGAGGUGGAGGAUGAGGAGGAUGAGGAAGAGUAUCGUCACCUUUAAUUCGUCGAACCCCUUUCAGUUUGGACAGAGUCUUAUUACCAUGGUGAUAAGACAGUGUGCGCCCAGCUGUAGAAUGUUGGUCAUUUUGGGGUUAAACCAAUAAUCUUUGUGUCACUGAUCCAGUACCUAAACCCCUAACACCCCAAUGUCUUACAUUUAGCCACAGUGAAGGACUUUUAAACAUGAACUGCCUGUUUUAGGUCCUGUAACAAACAUCUUGGCAUCACACACACACACACACACACACACACACACACACACACACACACACACACACACACACACACACACACACACACACACACACACACACACACACACACACACACACACAGCUGUGUUUAAGCCAGUGAUGAUGUAUCGUGCAGCAGCUUCUAUUUCAUGGUAAAAGUUUUUGAAUGUUAUUGGAUUACAUCUCCUGAUCCUGACAAAUGUUCCUCCCAGCAUACGGUGACAAUUUUUAGUUUUAGACCUUGGCAAAGAGACACUGUUCCAUGUACUGGUUAAUAGGUUCAGUUAUACUAUCCCUAUUUAAAUGGACACAGUGAAGUUAACAACUGUGGUUAUUCAUUAUAAGUUUGUGUAUGUAUAGUUUAAUACCCAGAAGAUUUAAAAUCCAACAUUAAUUUAUAAAUGGGUAAUAAUGGGUGACUUUAAAUAAAGAACUUUGUGUUCCAAUCAUUCAGUGACAGAAAAAGAAUCAGAAUAAUACAGAAUCCUCACAAUUAUAAACACACACACAUACACUCUGUGUUAACAUUGUUUGUGUAAUAUUGAGAUUUUUACAUUAAAAUAAAAUACGUACAUUUUG